UGAUCAAUCGCCUCUUUUUGUACAUAGGAAUAUUUUUGGUAGUUGAGCGUUUGAUUUUCGGAUCGACCAGAGUCUCCAUAAUCACACUGUCUACCUCCAGUAACGGUCACCAUUGCUACUCCCACUACCACCACCGUUGCUUUUCCCCCCCAACCCCACCACCGCCAUUGAAGAUUCUUUUUUCUCUCCUCCUCUUUCCCUGACUUGGGUUUUCCUCUCCACCCAAAAAAGCUCCCAUCUUGGCAAUGGAAACCGUCGCCGGUAAUUUCACCAAGUUGCAGCAGCAGCUGCAGAAGAAGCAAAAAUGGUUCCUCCUACUGAUUUCCUCGCUUCUAAUCUCCACAAUUUUGAUCCUCCUCACAGUGACCUUCUCCUCCGGAUGGAAUAAUUCGGCCUCGACUACCCAGCUGCUUUUUCGCCGGCGGCAGCAGCAGCAAGGCCAGAGCUCCCCGCGAUUUGCGGAAUCGAAGUUGGCCAAGACGGAGACUUUUGCCGGGAAACUGCCUCGCCUCGCUUAUCUGAUAUCUGGGUCGGCCGGGGAUGGGGUGAAUCUGAAGAGGGCGCUGAAGGCUCUGUACCAUCCGAGGAACCAGUACGUCGUGCAUUUGGACCUGGAGGCGCCGGUGGAGGAGAGGUUGGAGCUCAUCAGGUGGGUUAAUGAAGGCGAGAAGGUUUUCCAGGAAGUGGGUAAUGUGAGGGCGGUGGUUAGGUCGAAUUUGGUUACCUAUCGAGGUCCGACCAUGGUCAGUAACACGCUUCAUGCUGCUGCUAUUCUGUUGAGGGAUGGUGGGGAGUGGGAUUGGUUCAUCAAUUUGAGUGCUUCUGAUUACCCUUUGGUCACCCAAGAUGAUUUGCUGCACACAUUGUCUUCUAUCCCACGGGACCUCAACUUUAUCGAGCAUACUAGCGAUAUCGGCUGGAAGGAAGAUCAGAGAGCUAGGCCGGUGAUAAUCGAUCCGGGGCUAUACAGCCUGCAGAAAUCAGAUGUUUUUUGGGCCACAGAGAAAAGAAGUGUCCCAACUGCAUAUAGACUCUUCACAGGUCAGUAUGGCUGUUCUGCUUGGAUGAUGCUUUCUCGUCCAUUCAUCGAGUAUUCCCUGUGGGGAUGGGACAAUCUCCCCAGGAUAGUACUAAUGUACUAUGCAAACUUCCUCUCGUCGCCUGAGGGCUACUUCCACACGGUGAUCUGCAACGCAGAGGAGUUCAAGAACACUACAGUGAAUCAUGAUCUCCACUUCAUCUCUUGGGAUAACCCUCCUAAGCAGCACCCUCAUUUCCUCACUGUAGAAGAUUACCAGAGGAUGGUCGACAGCAAUGCACCUUUCGCCAGGAAGUUUGGGAAGAACGAUCCAGUUCUUGACAGGAUUGAUUCGGAGUUAUUAGGGGUAAGUGCUGAUGGGUUUGUCCAUGGUGGGUGGUUCAGUAAAAAUAUCAAGGCUAACUCGACCGAGCUUAAGCCUGGCAAUGGAGCACGAAGAGUCAAGAAUCUUAUUUCAGGGCUUCUGUCAGCUGAAGGUUUUCGUACAUCACACUGCAUCUGAUUAGGAUCUCUAUACUUAUAUAGGUUUUUGUAACUCACUAGGUAUUAGGUGGAUUCUUCUUAGCUGGGUGCAUUAUAUGUCAAAUGCAUGGAUUUGUGAAACUAUCAAAUCCGUCGAGUGUAACGAUUUAAGGCAUAAUAAUAGAGAUACAAUAACAAAGUCGUGAUAAGUCCAAUUGGCUUCAUCAUUCGUUCGGUCUCUCACACCGUAUAAAUGUCAUCUCACACUGGAUGCAACAGCUAAAGUAACAUUAAGUUAAUUGGUUCUUUUGACCAGAGAGGUAUUACUAAUUUGGUCUUUGUUUCUUGUCAUUCACUCCACUGCAAUCUGCACAAUGGUCUUCCCAAUAUUACUGCCAUGGAAAAGCCCGGCAAACGACGAAGGUAUGCUUUCCAACCCGGUCGAGAUGUCUUCGACCGAGACCAUCUUCUCGGACCUCAGAUGAUCACAAGUUGCAGAGAUAAAAUCUGAGUGAACACUCAAGAAAUCAGGGCACAAAAACCCCUGGAUUUGGAUUCUCCUGUAUAUGACUUCCACCAUAUCAGGAGCAGCUUUUCUUCCACUCCCCGUAUACUCUGAAAUCGCCCCACAAGCAGCGACUCUGCCAAACAAGUUCAUGUUGGCAACUGCUGCUUCGAGCAUCUCGCCACCAACACUGUCGAAGUAUACAUCGAUCCCGUGUGGGAAAUGCCUGUGGGAAAUCAAAAUCACACCCCACACACAGAAAGUUAACGAAGCAGUGAAGCCUGAUUGCACACGAACUGGAUCGAGACUUGCCCUACAAGUCACCUACUUUCUAAGAGUCGCCUUGAGAUCUGCUUCUUCUUUGUAGUUGAAUGCAUCGUCGAAACCGAGCUUCCCUUUCAGCAAUUCCACCUGGUACACAUGAAGAAGCCUUUCAUUUUUCAACUUCAUCAUGAAAAACAUUAUGGUUGUAAAUUGUGAGAGAGAAGAGCUGAGAUAAACAACCUUUUCUGUUGUUCCAGCACUGCCAACUACAUAGCAGCCAUGGAGCUUUGCCAACUGCCCGGCUAUGUGUCCAACUGAACCAGCAGCUGCAGAAACAAACACUUUCUCUCCUUUCUUCACCUUGCAGACCUCGAAUAACCCCGCGUACGCUGUCAUCCCACCGUAUGCCAAAGUUCCAACAUGGCAGGACAAAGGGAGUCCCAUGGAGUCCAGUUUCCUGAAGUAGAACACUCCUGGUUUCAUCAAGCAGUAUUCUCCCCAUGUAAGUUCCCCUGCCACCAAGUCACCCUCUUGAAAUUCAGGGUCCCCUGAAGCCACAACUUUGCCAACUCCAUGACCACGAAUUUCCUGCAUAUCAUGAAAGGACCCAACUUAUGUCAAUCAAUCUAUCUAUAACUAUAUCUCCAAACAGAUUUCCUAGCUAAGCAUCAUACCGAGCCAGGAGCAAUGGCGGCGGCAGCAGCUUGGAUGCUGUGAUGAGAUUGAGAAGUGCUGUAGCUCUUCAUGCGGUUGAGCUGGGCAGGGUCGAUCGAGAGGUAGAGGUUCUUCACGAUGACGUGACCCGAACCGGGUUCGACGUUAAGGGACAAAGCUUCGGACUUCAGUUCGAAGUCCGUCUCUUUUGGGAAGCCAUUGAUGUGGGUCUUGAUAACUAUGCUUCUGUUUGUGAUGAUGAGUGCUUCUUCCAUCAUCGCAUUUCUCUCUUUUUCUUUUCCCUACCAACCAAUCACCCUGUGUGGUUGUCACAAUGGCAGCUCUAA